AUGUCAUCGAGUGACUUCAAAGGUUGUGUAUGCGUGAAUAAGGAUAAUCCUAUUCACGUGGUCAAUACUGAGCCAUUGACACAUCAACGAACACCUACUUUGACGACGUGUCCAAGUUGUGAGGCAGAGGUUGUUUCGAACAUCUCCUACAAGAAUGGCCUCUGCGUGUGGCUCUCUUGCACUGGCUGUGCUGCUGUUGGCGGUAUCUUGGGUUGCUGCUUAAUUCCCUUCCACAUCAAGAGUUUCAAGGACGUGGAUCACACAUGUCCUAAUUGCAGUUAUCGGUUAGGCGUCUGCAAGGCCCUCUAA